AUGCCGGCGGACGGUGACAUUGUAGCGACUUGGAACGUACCUCUCCAUGAUAAGGUUUAGAAUAAAAAUACUUUCGCUAAUCAUUCAUUGGAGAUACAUCGCAUUGAGUUCGAGCACGGUACGACGACCGGGAAACGUGUGAUUCGCGUUGAUUCGCAGGUUUUUUAAACUCAAAAUCCAUUAGUUGGAAAACUAUUUUUUCGAAUUACAGAAAACAUUUUUGAAACUACUUUUUUGUUUGCUCUUCUCAGCGUUAAAAUUGAGAUUAUUAUUUCAAAAUAAAACGUGUUGAUCUAGGAAAUUCUUCGACGCGAUUGGAUGUUUAAGUUAGUCGGAAAAGAAACAUUCAAAGUAGGCAACAUGAAAUGCACGAUAAACGUCGAAGCCCUUGGGACCUUUGCCUAUGAAUAUUCUCUGGAGGUUUCUCUUGAAAUAGUUUAUAUCACCUAAGGAGACAUACAGGUAAACGGAAAAACUUUCCAAAAGUUCCGCGAGGAGCAGAGCAAGCGACUUUACAGUUGGGAGGCUCUCGUUGCCGGCCAAGACACUCGAAUCGUUCUAGGUUUUUGUUUGUUUUUUAUGAAUAUUUCAUUAUUUUCCAUUUUUCAGACAAAGAAACGAUGGAAGUUUGGGUGAAUGGCGUAAAAAUCGACACGGCUGUGUGUUUAUAACGAGUUUCAAUUCAAAUUAGAUUUUCAGGGCGAGUUCGUCGAUAAUGGUACAGAAACUCACUUUGAAAUCGGCACUCACGUGUGUAAAAUUAGCGCUCAGAGUAGUGGACGGAAAAAGUUUGACCUCCCACUUAUUUUUCCCACGAAAACAAAGAUUUCAGGUCUGGCGUUGUCCACACGUUGUACAUUGACAACGUGCACAUCAUGUCGCAGGAGGAACGACGAAGGAACCAAACGAGAACUCCUGAAUUGAAAUAG